GAGGGCCCACGCCCAUGGAUGUCUCCCGUCCUGCACGCAAGCGCAGUGAAACUCCUUCUGUCAAACAUGGCUGUGCCUUGGAAGAAGGGAAAAUGCUGAAUUGUGUUGGUAUAUUUCGGGAAACGCAGCAGACAUGGCUAGAUUGGCUGACUAUUUCAUUGUCGUGGGAUACGAUCAGGAAAAAGCCGGUUCAGGAGAAGGAUGUGGGAAGAUCAUUCAGCGAUUCCCCAAGAAGGACUGGGAGGGAACAGCCUUUCCUCAGGGGGUGGAGAUGUUCUGCCAGCCUGGAGGUUGGAGGCUGUCCAGGGAUCGGAAACAGCCCACCUUCUUCACAGUUGUGCUGACGGACAUCGAUUCAGAUCGACACUUCUGCUCCUGCCUCACUUUCUACGAGGCCGAGGUCAACCUGCAGGGAACAAAGAGUAUUGAGGCUGACGGAGAUGAAGAUGAGGAGGCAGAGGACGAUGGACUGAUCCAGCCAGCUCAAGUGUUUGCACCAAAGAGUCUCAUCCUCGUGUCCAGGCUGGAUUAUCCCGAAAUAUUCCGGGGCUGCUUGGGUCUGAUCUACACCGUCCACAUCGACAGCCUGAAUUUCCCUUUAGAGGGUCUGGUUGCCAACCUCUUCACAUUCCAGGUUCCCAUUGCUGGUGGAUCCCAGAAGCUGUUUAGCCUGGGAGCAGGAGACCGGCAGCUCAUCCAGACACCUCUGAACGACACACUGCCCGUCACAUGCAAGAGUGUUGCUCUGCUCUUCCAGCAGCUGGGAAUCCAAAAUGUUCUAAGCCUGUUUUGUGCGGUUCUGACAGAACACAAGGUUUUGUUCCACUCCACCAGCUACCAGCGGCUCGGAGAGGCUAGUCGCGCCCUGGAAGCCCUCAUGUUUCCGCUUAAAUACAGUUACCCAUACAUCCCUAUUCUACCAUCGCGGCUGCUGGAGGUCCUGAGCUCACCCACUCCCUUCAUCAUCGGCGUGCACUCCAUGUUUCAGACUGAAAUCCAAGAUCUGUUGGAUGUUAUUAUUGCUGACCUGGAUGGAGGAACAAUAAAGAUUCCUGAGUGCAUCCACUUGUCCCUGCUCCCUGAACCUCUGCUACACCAAACCCAAACUUCCCUGUCCCUGGUUUUGCACCCUGAUCUGGAGAUAGCAGACAAUGCCUUCCCUCCUCCUCGCACUGCACCCUCCAACCUCAAGUUGUUGGAUAAGGAGGUGAGGGCCGUCUUUCUCAGGCUGUUUGCACAACUCUUCCAGGGCUACAGGUCUUGCCUGCAGCUCAUCCGCAUCCAUUCUGAGCCUGUUAUUCAUUUUCACAAGACUGCCUUCCUGGGCCAGCGAGGCCUCAUUGAGAACGAUUUCCUGACCAAGGUUUUGGAUGGCAUGGCCUUCGCUGGCUUCGUCUCAGAGAGAGGUCCGCCUUACAGAGGCUGUGAUCUGUUUGAUGAGCUGGUGGCCUCAGGCAUUGACAGCUUUAAGGAUGAAGAGGUCAGCCCUACCAAGCUGCAGAAGCACAUCAGGGAACUGUCGGAGCAGCUGUACAGAAACGAGAAUCCGAACCCCCACAUGGCAUUCCAGAAAGUGCCUCGGCCGUCAGAGGGAUCCCAUCUACGAGUGCACCAGGUACCCUUCCCCCCCCUGGCUGACGAAAAGGUGGAGAAGAUGGUGCAGGAGGGUGUGGCUAAACACAGCAGCGCACCUGCUUCUGUACGGCCUGAGAGGAAGUGCGUUGUACCUGCGGGGCCUGGCGUCGUGUCUAUUAUGGGUAAGAGUGGUUCCGUGUUUAACAGUGCACGCAGGCUGGAGGUUGUGCGGAGCUGCAUCUCCUUCAUCUUUGACAACAAGACCCUGGAGACUGAAAAGACGCUGCCGGCUGCACUGCGUGCACUGAAAGGCAAAGCGGCUCGCCAGUGUGUGACUGAAGAACUGAGUCUUCAUGUGCAGCAGAACCGUGCCAUACUGGACCACCAACAGUUUGACUACAUCAUUCGUAUGAUCAACUGCGCCCUCCAGGACUGCUCCAGCUCAGAGGAGUUCACAAUGGCUGCUGCACUGCUGCCCCUGUCAACAGCCUUUUACAGGAAAUUGGCUGCUGGCAUAAACCAGUUUGCCUACACCUGCAUCCAGGACCAUCCCAUCUGGACCAACCAGCAGUUCUGGGAAGCCACUUUCUACAGUGAGGUCCAGAGCCAGAUACGAGCCCUUUAUCUGAGCAUGGCCGAGGAAAAAGGUGGCAUCACUGCCAGGCUAAAGGAUGCAACCGCUGUGCCGGCAGUGGGCCGAGAUGACGAGCAGACAGCCAUGGACCUGGCAGCAGAGCAGCUGCGUUCGUGGCCCAACUUGAGCAAGGAGAAGCAGCAGGAGCUGGUGAAGAACGAGGAGAGCACGGUGUUCAGCCAGGCCAUCCACUACGCCAGCCUCAUGGUAUACCUGCUGGUGCCUCUGGACACCAGCAAGAACAAGCUGCUGCGCAACCCCCCCGCCGCCGACUGGGAGAGCGGCAGCAACAGCAUCGUCACAAACAGCAUCGCUGGCAGCGUGGCAGAGAGCUUCGACACCGAGAGUGGGUUUGAGGACUCGGAGAGCAGCGACGUGGCAAACUCUGUUGUCAGGUUCAUCGCGCGCUUCAUUGACAAGGUGUGCACAGAGAGCGGAGUUACCCAGGAGCAUAUCAAGAGCCUGCACAGCAUGAUACCAGGUAUUGUAGCUAUGCAGAUGGAGGCUCUCGAGGCAGUUCACAGGGAGAGCAGGAGGUUACCUCCCAUUCAGAAGCCUAAGAUUCUGCGUCCAGCUCUGUUCCCUGGGGAGGAGCUGGUGUUGGAGGGGUUGCGGGUGCUUCUGGACCCUGACGGCAGGGAGGAGGCCACUGGGGGCCUCCUGGGGGGUCCACACAUCCUGCCAGCAGAGGGAGCGCUCUUUCUCACAACAUAUCGCAUCAUUUUCAAAGGAAUCCCCCAUGAUCCACUGGUGGGGGAGCAGGUGGUCAUCAGGUCUUUUCCAGUGUCCUCCCUGACCAAAGAGAAGAAGAUCAGCAUCCAGAACCAGCUGCAGCAGAACAUGCAGGAAGGUCUGCAGCUCCGCUCUGCAACAUUUCAGUUAAUAAAAGUGGCUUUUGAUGAGGAGGUGAGCUCAGAGAUGGUCGAGAUCUUCAGGAAGCACCUCCAGAGGAUUCGCUACCCACAAUCCAUCUUCAGCUCUUUCGCAUUUGCUGCCGGACAAACCGCCCCUCAGCUAAUCCUUCCAAAGCAGAAAGAGAGGAACACUGGCCUCAGAACUUUGUCCAAAACUAUAGUCAAGGGAGCUAAGAGGGCUGGAAAGAUCACCAUGGGCCGUGGCAGCCAGAGCACGCUAAAGAAGAAUGACAGAGGCAGCAGGAUGACCUGGCAUGAAGACGACGACAUUUCAAUAUCGGACGAUGGCGAGCCGCCACCCAGCAGCACUUUGCGGGCAUCAGAGAAGUCCACCAUGGAGCAGCUGGUGGAGCAGUCCUGUUUCCGAGACUACCAGCGCCUGGGCCUUGGCACCAUCACCGCCAGCUCGUCUCGCUCCAAAUCAGGCGAGCUGUUCAAGAUCACGGCCGUGAACAGGCUCUACUCCCUCUGCCGCAGUUACCCGGGGCUGCUGGUGGUUCCUCAGGGAGUACAGGACAGCAGUUUACACAAAGUGGCGCGCUGCUACAGACACAACCGUCUGCCCGUCGUGUGCUGGAAACAUCCGCGCACCAAAGCCAUCCUGCUCCGCUCAGGAGGCUUCCACGGCAAGAGCGUGGUGGGGCUGUUCAAGUCACAGAACCCCUCCUCUAACGCUCCUGCCUCAUCCUCAGAUUCAUCCAGUAGUCUUGAACAAGAGAAGUACCUGCAAGCCAUCCUCAACUCCAUCCCCAUCUACUUCAAAAUGAACGGGAACAACACGCUGUCCAACCGCUCCCUCAUCGGCCUCUCACCAGGCAGUGAAAGGAGGACGUCCAGGAUACCAAAGAUGGCUCCUGUCCAUUUAGACAUCCCAUUCUCAAACAGCUUCACCAGAGGAGUGCUUGAGUACAGAGAUAAACUAUUCACUCACUCAAACCAAAAACCUGCCAGUAAGGAGAGAAUCCCUCAGCAAGGCAUGUGGGCCAGCCUGCGCUCCAGCAGCAGACUCAUCCAGCAUCCGUCGGCCGCAGACGUGGGCAGCCGACUAGCAGGGAAGGAUCUGGCGCCCCCCGCAGGGAGCAGCAGUCUGCAGGCUCAGCUUCUCAAGCAGCAAGCGGCCCUCUACAUCUUCGGAGAGAAGUCACAUCUGAGGGGCCUCAGAGUGGACUCCUCUCUGAACUGUGAGCUGGUGCCGGUGGAGUUUGCGGACACGCGGCAGGUGAAAGCCGCGUUGAAAAAGCUGCUGAGGGCCUGCGCUCCCAGUGCCACGUCGUCGGACUCUGAGGACUCCUUCCUUAAAGCCCUGGAGGACUCUGAAUGGAUCCUGCAGAUUCACAAGAUCCUGCAGCUGGCACUGUUUCUGGUGGAGCUACUGGACAGCGGCUCAUCCAUUCUGCUCAGCCUGGAGGAUGGCUGGGACAUUACUACACAAGUGAGAAAGAGGCACACUUUAGAGAUAAACACACAGAUGUGAGGAAGAGGUUGAGAA